AUGUCGUCCAUGACCAAUAUUACCAUUGAUAAAUCAGCUCUUCUUACUUUGCGAGCACACACUAUAGAGCCUCGCCAAAUCUUGGCAAAAAACUGGUCAGUUAGCUCUUCUGUCUGUGACUGGAUUGGAGUGACCUGCGGCUCUCGGCAUCAAAGAGUGACUGCCUUAAAUAUUUCAAAAAUGAAUCUUACCGGUACUUUACCUCCACAACUGGGAAAUUUAUCAUUUCUUCUUUCUCUUGACAUGAGUAGAAACAAUUUCCAUGGAGAAAUACCACGUGAAAUUGCUCAUUUGCGCCGAUUGAAAGUACUUGAUUUGGGCAUCAACGAUCUCAAUGGAGAGUUACCCCCGUGGAUUGGGUCAUUUUCUCAACUUCAUCACUUACAUCUUGACGAAAAUAGUUUCACUGGUCUUAUCCCAUCUUCCAUCUCUAACAUGUCAAAGCUAGCAACUUUAUAUCUUGAUGAAAACUCUCUUCAAGGAAAUAUUCCUACGGGGAUUUUUAACAUUUCCUCGUUGGAAAAGAUUGCCCUUGGGGCUAACAGCCUCUCUGGAAGUGUUCCUAGUGACAUGUGUCACCGUCUUCAGGGGCUAAGUUUCCUUAGCCUAACAGAGAACAAAUUAAAUGGUCAAUUACCAUCAAGUUUAGCUCAAUGUUCAGAACUUCGGGUGCUGGAUUUCUCGUACAACAAAUUUCGAGGAUCAAUACCGAAAGAAAUUGGAGAACUGAAGAAGCUUGAGGAGCUAUAUUUGGGUGCAUUCCACCAUUUAGAAGGUGAAAUUCCAAAAGAAAUUGGUAAUCUAACUAUGCUGACUAUCCUGUCCCUUCACGAUGCCAACCUAUCCGGUGUAAUACCACGAGAGAUUGGUAACUUGAACUCUCUCAAACUACUCAUCUUAGAAUACAACAGCUUGACUGGUUCUGUACCAACAGAGAUCUUCAACCUCUCAAUGUUAACUGUCAUGUCACUUAUGGAAAAUCAACUUUCAGGCAAUCUUCCAUCAACAUUAGGUUAUAGGCUUCCCAGUUUAGAACACCUUCUCCUCGGGGAUAAUUACUUUGUUGGAGCAUUACCUAACACAUUCUCAAAUUCUUCUAUACUUCGUAGAAUAGAUGUUGGUAGCAAUAAAUUCACAGGUCCAAUUCCCACUUCCCUGGGUGACCUAAGUCACCUAGAACUACUGAAUCUACCUGGCAACAAAGUAACGGGUGACUCCUCAUCUCCAGAGUUGACCUUCAUCACUUCAUUGACAAAAUGCAAAUAUUUGGCAAUAUUGGAUUUGGGUGGCAAUCCAUUGAAUGGGAUCAUUCCAGACUCACUCAGUAAUCUUUCAACUUCCCUUCAACAACUAAAUGCACCGAAUUGUAAAAUAAAGGGCAGCAUUCCUGAUGGAAUAGGAAACUUCAGAAGUUUGAUCCUAUUAGAUCUAUCAAACAAUGACUUAACUGGGUCAUUGCCAGCUACAAUAAAAGAUUUGCAAAAGCUUCAAUACAUGGAUCUCAGUAUGAACAAACUAAUUAGUAGAGCCCCCCUGCAUCUUCUUUGUGCUCUCCACAACUUGGAUACAAUGAACCUUGGACAAAAUCAAUUUAUGGCCUCAAUUCCAAAGUGCUUCGGAAAUCUUACUUCCCUGAGGCAUCUCAACCUAAGUCACAACAGACUAUAUUCUGCUCCACCUGAGGAAAUAUGGAACCUAAAAGAUCUCUUGGAGCUUGACCUCUCCUCAAAUCUGCUGAGUGGAUCUUUGCCGUAUGGUAUUACGAAUAUGAAGAUGGCAAAUUGGGUAGAUUUGUCAACCAAUCAGUUCUCAGGUGGCAUUCCUGGCUCAAUUGGAGAUAUGCAGAACCUGCAAAAUCUUUCUUUAGCACACAACAGAUUGGAAGGAUCAAUCCCGGAAUCGAUUGGUAAGGUGUUCAGCUUAGAGUCAUUGGAUCUAUCACAUAACUUUCUCUCUGGAUCAAUUCCGAUGUCAAUGGAGAACCUUCGGUAUCUUAAAUAUAUCAAUCUCUCUUUUAACAAUUUGAGUGGUGAAAUUCCAUCCAAAGGGCCAUUUACAAACUGCACUGCCGAAUCCUUCGCUUCAAAUCAGGCCCUCUGUGGAGCUCAAAGGUUUCUUGUGCCUCCAUGCCCAACUAUUUCAGCUCACAGAUCAAGAACAAAAAGAGUGCAUAGAACCAUUUUUAUUUCACUCGGGGUAAUAAUAGCAGUGGGAGCCUUGUCCUUUGGAUUUGUUUACCUGAGAUAUCAAAGGAAAGAUAAACUUCCCAAUGGAGCCAAUUUAUCCUUAGUUGCAAUGCCAGAAAGAAUUUCAUAUUUUGAACUUCUACAAGCAACUAAUGGGUACAAUGAAAGCAAUUUGUUGGGGGCUGGAAGCUUUGGAUCUGUUUAUAGAGGCACUCUUGGUGACGGAAGGGCUGUGGCUGUUAAGGUGUUCAAUUUACAAAUGGAAGGAGCGUUCAAGAGUUUUGACGUAGAAUGUGAGGUGUUGCGCAAUCUUCGCCAUCGAAACCUCACAAGAGUCAUUAGUAGCUGCUCUACCCCUGAGUUUAAGGCAUUAGUGCUUGAGUUCAUGCCUAAAGGAAGUCUCGAGAAGUGGUUGUAUUCGCACAACUAG